CUAGCGACCAUGAGGGUGACGACUUCGACCAAAUACCGGCUUCCCGCCACCUCCCUUAAUCCACCAUUUGCUUCCAGAGACAGGUGGUACCGCUAGCUUCCCCAAAUUCCGACCGCCGUCUGUCUUGGCGAACCAGAGCAAGGGCAGGAUGCCACUUCGGCCUGAUUGGCUGGCUGUCGGAGGGGGCCACCUAGACGGGUGACGGAAGAGGGCGGGGCGGGAAAGCUAGCUGUGGCCUGCGGGGAUUGGCGGAAGGAACCAAUACUCGCUCUCUGCCCCGCGACGUUGAUGGGUGGAGAAGCGAGGCGGGGCCGCCGCGGAGAUGCAACUCGUGGUUGGCGAAUGUGCUGUCCUUCAGGCUCUUGCGAUUGGUGACUGGCCGACUGAGUGGCGCUGAUUGGACAGCAGUUUAACGGGGCGGGCCCCCCAUCCCACCCCGCGGCUGGGACUGACUGGCGGAAGGGGAAGUGGGGGGGCAGGCGGCGGUGGGGAAGAUGGCGUACCAGAGCCUCCGGCUGGAGUACCUGCAGAUCCCACCGGUCAGCCGCGCCUACACCACCGCCUGUGUUCUCACCACCGCCGCCGUGCAGUUGGAAUUGAUCACACCUUUUCAGUUGUACUUCAAUCCUGAAUUAAUCUUUAAACACUUUCAGAUAUGGAGGCUAAUCACCAAUUUUUUAUUUUUUGGGCCAGUUGGAUUCAAUUUUUUAUUUAAUAUGAUUUUUCUGUAUCGGUACUGUCGAAUGCUAGAAGAAGGCUCUUUCCGAGGUCGGACAGCAGACUUUGUAUUUAUGUUCCUUUUUGGUGGAUUCUUAAUGACUCUUUUUGGUUUGUUUGUGAGCUUAGUGUUCUUGGGCCAGGCCUUUACAAUCAUGCUUGUCUACGUGUGGAGCCGAAGGAACCCAUAUGUCCGCAUGAACUUCUUCGGCCUUCUCAAUUUCCAGGCCCCCUUUCUACCCUGGGUGCUCAUGGGCUUUUCCUUGUUGUUGGGGAACUCAAUCAUUGUGGACCUCUUGGGUAUUGCAGUUGGACACAUAUAUUUUUUCUUGGAAGAUGUAUUUCCCAAUCAGCCUGGCGGAAUACGAAUUCUGAAAACACCAUCUAUUCUGAAGGCUAUUUUUGAUACACCAGAUGAAGAUCCAAAUUACAAUCCACUACCUGAAGAGCGGCCGGGAGGCUUCGCCUGGGGCGAGGGCCAGCGCCUCGGCGGUUAAAGUGGCAGUGCCAAUGACGAGACCCAGCUGGGAAGGACUCAGAGACGUACCCACUGGGAUUCUUUUAUCCUUUGUGUUGCAAAAGCGUGGACAUUUUUGACAGCUUGACAAGAUUUUAACUCCAGAAGCACUUUAUGAAAUGACACACUGAUUCAUCCAGAAGACAUUUCCAGCAUUUUGCCAGUGGUUCCUCACUACCCUGGCCCUGAAAGUGUAAUCUCUUGGAGCCAAAAAACUGGAGAAACAAAUACCCUGCCGCCUCUAAGGAACAGGUACUCGAGUCCUUGAGUUCAGCGGUAAUGGGCAGAGGUCUUUUCUUCCUCCUCCUCCUCGUUGAUAGACGAGGCCAUGGUGUAAAUGGAAGUUUCAGAGAGGACAAAAUAAAACUGAAUUCCAUCUCUCUCUCACUGAAUUAAAGCUUUUGUGUGUGAUCUUUUAAAUUACCACCGUGUCUUCUAGCUCUCCUGCGUAGGUCUGAGCUGAGAGCAGUUUCCAUGUCCACUCCUCCGGUGGCUUCACAGCUUACGACUGGAUUUCAAGAUCAGAAGCACGUGGCUGAGACGCUGUGGCUACAGACACCUCUUACCAACUCAGAAUGCCAGCUCCAGUAGGAAGAAGAUUGGUUAUGGUGGUCCAGAUAGUUUGCUCUCCGGCUGGGCUUUACAAAAACUUCAAGUUGUCAGACAACGUGAGAAAAAAAGGGUCGGGUGGCUCUCAGAGCAGGAAUUGAGCUGUAGGAGAGUCAGGUGGGCGUGAAGCAAAGGCAGCGUCUCAUUUAUUGACCCUGCUUGAAUUUCUCCACUCGAAAGUAUCGAGGGAAAGGCAGGUCGUUUCGGAAAACAGAAAGAUCUUUAUACCUGGAGACAAGUUAGCAUGUUGACUUUGGAGCCAGAUGAACAGGCACCAUCAGGCAGGCAUACAUUUCUCCUGGGUCUCUGGCUGAUAAACAUUUGUCAUGCGCUUCGUGAAAAGCCAAGAAGCUUUCAGAGUCCAGCACGUGGUUCACCUUCCCAAUCAAGUAGUAACCAAACAGGGUCCACAGACGUUUGCACUUAGUGCCAGUGGCUCAGUCAAUACUUACCCAGAAUUCACUUCCCUGGGACCUAGCAUGUUUUCCAUCACACUGCCUACGUAAUUCAGAGGAAUAGAGCAGACACCCCCAGGAAAGAGGUGAAUUCCGAUGGUUUUUUUAUAGACAUUUCCCACAUAGUUCCAGCUUGAUUAAGUGGUUGUUCUCUAGAGUGUAAGAUUUUCCUCAGAAAGAUGAACGUGUGAUUUAGAGUAAAUGUGAUAAAGAUCCUAAAUGGGAGUUUUCAGAUUGUAAAGUGAGAAAUAUUUUAAUAUCUUUACAUGAAAUACAUACAAGUAAUAGAAUUUAAUGUAAGUACAUGCUGCUAGUCAGUAACUUUGAAUAUCACUGUUGCGGUUUUAUGGUACAUGGGUUAAUGGGACUGCUUUUUUUUCUAAGUGGUUUAAAAAAAAAAUCUUUAAAUGCCAAUCUUAGAAUGUAUAAUCCUUAUGGGAUUCUUCAGUUUUGUCUUUAAGAAAGCUUGAGUUUAAUUAGGUUUUUUAAAACUGUUUGGGAGCUAGAAAUAGGUUUCUAUUUGUUCUAUUUGUUUUCCCUUAGUUAACUUGGAGUUAACCAAUUCAUGGAAUUUUUGUGGUCAGAUUUUAAUCCUAAAAUCUCUUCACUGGCUGUUCAUUUAAGUAGGGAAUGUCUGAACAUAUUAAUGACUGGGUAGAACAGGAAACACAUUUGGAACUUAUGGUCCGAACACAGGGGAUUUGGGUCUCUGAUUUUACGGGAUGAGAUUUGCUGGUGGCAGGAUGCCAGGCUGUGCUACUACACUGUGUCCCAGGCAGUGGUCACUGGCCUCCUGAUCUGUGUGGCCAGUCCCUCUACCACCCUCCCUGGCCUUGUGUUGCUCAGGAGGCCACCUAGGCUCGCCUGGGCAUAGGGGAAAGUUCUCACUUCUUCCCUGGCGUACCUCUCAAUCUUGUUCUUCCAAAAUACUCUUCCUUUUCUUAAUGCAAGUCACCUGAAAAGUGGUAUUUGCUACCUGGAAUUUUUUGACCAAUUUACAUGACAUACAUAGAAUUUAAGGGUCUCCCGGAUUCUACCAAUAAUACUGAAAAGCACACCUGCCUAAGGCAAAGCUUUUGUUGUUGUUGUAGAAAUAUAUACGUUCAUUUAAAAAAAAAUUAAAAAUGGACGUGCAAAUUUCAUCUCCAUAGGAGAUACACUUUAUACAUUUUGGUAUGUGUGUGGUUUUUUUCCCACUAUGGAUUUCUCUUUGUUUCUCUCUUCCAUUUGUUCUUUUCCUGGGUUACUCCUAUAUGUCCUAAUAAUCUUUCAUGCCUCUUGUGUAGUUUCUCUAAGCAGAGAGCACCCAAGUCCUGGAUAUGGGUAAUACAAUGUUCACUCUGUCUCUGGGGCCUACCUAUGAAAAGUAGGAACUAUUGGCAUGUUGGGUAAGGGCUUGCUAGAAUUGUCAUCUAUCCUUGAUAGUCUGCGUUUUAUGUCAUGGCUGUGUUUUCCCUUGACAGGUAAGUGCCAUUUGUGUUGUUAGCCGCAAUACUGCCAUCAUUUUCCAUGAUCUGUGGGGUGUCCCCUAAACUACUUACAUAUUUCAUUAAGUCUGCAUUAACUGUGUUGAACUUUGUGUAGUCAAGUCACUUCUCUGCUCAGAAAUCCACACUAACUUCUUAGUAAGCCCCCAUAUCAAAUGCGUACUUUUGGUCUUUCUCUGAAUGUUGCUUCCUCUUCCACCUAACGAAGACCUCAGUUUAAUUCUCUUCAGUCCUUCAAGACCUGGCCCCAUUCCUGGCUUCUCAAGAAACCUGGACUCUAGGGCCUGCUUCAUUGUCUAUCUUCUUCGAGUCCUAUUACAAUUUUGAGUCUGUACAACAUACUCUUACACCAAAUGACACGUUGUAUUGUUCGGAGCUGGUACCUGUAUGUUAGUCUUGUCUCCUUCAUGAGAAUGUAAGCUCCUUACGGGCAGGGACCAUGUCUUAAAUUUUUGUAUCCACCACAGUGCCUAGCACAGUGCUUGGCACAUGGGUGCUGAAUAAAUACUUUGUUUAUUGAUCAGCAAA